AUGUCUUCCAAGUCUUUCUACGUCCAGCAGCUGAAGGCGCUGCACACUCGAUAUGGCAUCACAAAGGGAGCGAUCACUCUGUUGAAGGCGCUUGACCAAUACCACAUGGGUUCGAUGGAUGCGGCUGAGCUUGGUAGGAUGGUCAGGCUGUCUUCAGGCACGAGAAAGGCGUUGACGGAUACCAUUACCAAAUGUGCGACUGCGAUGGAAAAGAAGCCCGAGGAGGUCAAGGAUUGUGUUGCUCUCAUCAAAAACUGCACAGAGAUAUUGGGCAUUGCAGAUGUACCUCCCCCGAUCGAGAGCCUCUCCUUCAUGAAGUUUCCCCAAGAGAUCCGGCAGAUCAUCUACAAGCACUACUUGCGUGGAAGCGUUACACCAAAAUCAGUACUUGUCCCCAGGCACAAGAAAGGCAGCUGCUUCUGUCCUAAGUCCGAGAGCGCAGCUUUCUUCCUUCAGAACAACAGCACUUUCCUGAGCUUGGCACGCACCUCAAAGACAGUCAAGGAGGAGUUUCUGAGUUACUUUUACUCACAACAAACAAUCCACUUCGUGUGCGUGUGCGAGAUGCAGUUGUACCUCAACUCCAACCUCGUUCUGAAGCAGAUGCUUCAGUCUGUCCAAGUCCACUGGCGAGGCCAGGAUGCCAACAAGGCUUUCAAGACUCUGGCUGACUGCCCGAACCUGGAGCACCUCACUGUGGUCAUCUCGAAGUCGACCACAAUGUACUUGACCGAGCGUCAGGAAAUGAUGAACCGGUACUUUGGCUCUCAAACGCGGCCACCCCGCCUUUCCGACGCGAACGGCAUAGAUGAGCUGCUAGAGCUCCGGGGCCUUCAGUCGGUCAAAGUUGCACACAUCAGCAGCAAAGCCGGUUGCCCGAGGACUCACGAGGAUAAGGCGCAUCUCCAUGCCCUUUUGGCAUCAAAGGCUCUUCUCCCACGGCAGACACCGAUGUUUCACAUCCGAAAAUGGCUACGGGAAUAUCUUUUGAGGGCCAGCUCUAACCUGGCUGGACAAGCACCUCAGCUUUGCCUGGCUCUUGUCAUUGUUGCUAUCGGCUUGCAGUAUCUCUUCAUCAGACGCCUUGACCCGGACAGGUGCAACUCUCUACUCAACCAUGGCAGCUGGCCUCCCAACGAUACGUUGGCUGAGACCCGCCGCGAGUUCGAGAGGUGGGAGCCUGCUGGCUGUCGCAUGCAUGAGUACUCUCGCGACGAGUUUCGCGACUGCCUCGGCGGCCGAAGGCUCGUCUUUGCUGGGGAUUCGGUCACGCGGCAGGUCUUCUGGGCUGCCGUACGGCGCCUGGACCAUGUCAAGGCCGAUGAGUUGAUCAUGGAGACCUUUGUCUCUGAGAACCCGCAACACGACAUUUCGUUGGAGGUCGAGAGUGUCAAGUUGCAGUUCCUCUGGGACCCAUGGCUAAAUUCAUCGAUACUCCUCGAAGAGCUUUCGCGAUUCCAGAGCAAAGAUCUUCCGAUCCUCUCUUCCGAUGGCACCGAAGCCUCUGCCGGCUCUGCCGCCUUGCUUCUUAUGGGCGCACCUGGCCUGUGGUCUGCGCGCAACGGCGGUGAGGACUAUUUUCCCGUCUUCAAGCGAUCGAUUGAUGGCGUGACACCGUAUCUAAGAAAUGCGGUUUCCUCUUCUCACGGCAGAAAACUAUCGUAUAACGAUAUAUCAAAUCAAGUCUUGCUGGCACCAGUGCACAUCCCAGCGUACAACAAACUCUCGAGCAGCAGGAAACACAGCUUAAGUCCGGAGAAGAUUCAAACCAUGAACCGGUAUCUAGACCACUUACCGUCGGUUGCAAGAUCCCACCUCGCCAUGGUCUAUAAUGAGAUGACUCGGCAUGCGCAAAAUGCUUAUAUGGAGAACGGCAUUCACAUGCACGAGGGGUUCACUGAACGCUGGAUUGAUGCCGCUCUCAAUGUUCGAUGCAAUGCCGGACUUGUCUGGCAUGGCCAGCUUAAUCAGAUUACUUGUUGCGCAGGAUACCCCUCGCUCCUUGGCGGACAGGCCAUUUUGGCUCUCCUCGGUGUGAUUAUUUUUUCAGUUGCCGUCUCAGCGACAGGGAUAUCUACCUCGCUCUCUCUUCGAUUCCAGUCACCGCUGGCCCUCAAGCUGCGCGCGCUCCUGACUAUUGUCUUGGUUGCCGCAUAUUGCUUCCUAGCCGACAGAACGCAACUUUUUGCAAAAGCCGAAAAGCAUUAUGCUCACGGGACACUACUCGGCCUCCUAGCCCUGGGCCAUCUUCUCGCUGCCCUGUCGGUUCAGUCAGCGUUCACCGAGAAUGAAGAGACGAACCGAAUCACCACGGACAAUCCACGACAGUCAGUUCGCCUCUUGCCACAGCAUAUUGCUAAUGAAUGGCAGGGCUGGAUGCACAUAACUCUCUUACUACUGCGGUUCCAAAACACGAAUGAAGUGCUGUGGGCCUAUGCGUUAACUCGUCUGUGCAUAUCGUCCUUUGUCUUCAUAACGGCUUACAAUCAUGCGAGGUACUUCAUUGAAACAGACGACCUCUCAUUUGGCCGAUUCUGUGUCGUUAUAUUCCGUCUCAACGCACUUAGCUGUCUUCUGGGUCUAGUCAUGGCGGUCAGCUGGACCACGUACCACCUCACCUACUUGCUCUCAUUCUGGUUUGUCCUCACAUAUGUUGGCUUCCGAAUCUUGAGGCGUGCAAAUCAAACCCCUCGUUUUCUGCACUCGAAGCUCUUCCUUGUGGCUCUAGCGACUCUGUACCUGGCCCACGACCCACGAUUCAUGACUUAUAUUGGCCAUGCUCUGCAGAAGAUGGCUCCUAUCGUUUAUGACCAGGAACUCAUCAGGAAGCAGCUCGCUCUUGACACGUUUCCAGGACUGGCUGGUCUAUGGGCUGCGUGCUAUGCACAGGGAUCAACAAUCUCAGAGUCGACAGUAAAUGGACAUGCGAGAUAUCCUCCCCAAGCAUCAUCAGGCGAGAAACGGUCGCUAAUGGAUCAGCCACUGAAUCACGUCGGACCAACAUUGCCUUGGCAGAACAUUCUACGCAUCUUCUCUGCUCUGUCUCUUGUGGUUUUCCUAUGGAGCUAUAUUCGGCCAGAGUGCAAUACUCGAGAGGAUUACGAUAGACUUCACCUCCGUUUUGCAGCACCCGUCGUCUUAUCAUUUGCUGUCCUGAGAACCUCGCACCGGACUUUGCGACACGUCUAUUUUGCGGUUCCAGCAUUUCUGGGACGUUUCGCCGUCGAAAGUUACGUGUUGCAUCGCCACAUCCUGCUCUCUGGCGAUGGCACCGGCCUCCUGAGGAUCGGGCUCUGGACUGAGAGCGAGGGCAUUGUCUCUGCUCUUGGCUGGCGUCUUGAGACCGUAGUUUUGACCAUUCUUCUCCUUUGGGCUAGUCAUAAAGCUCACUGUGGAUUGAGAGAUUGUGCAAGCUGGCUAUUUGGCGAUGGGCUAGAUGCUGGUCUCACGCCUGGCGGCAUCGAGAUGGACCAGCUCGAGAGUGGUACUCGCAACAGCGGACAUCAGGUCAGGCCCUGCGGUGCAUCAUCGACCAAUAAAUUACCGCGCGAGAGCAGCAGCCGAUGGUGGCGACAAAGCUAUCCAUUCGCCAACGCAUUGGCUCUGGUUGCGUUGCUCUGGCUGUUUAAUUAUGCAAAUCAGGAGGCUUAA